AUUUGGCAAAUGCGCAAACCGUUUCAAAUGCAGUGGAUGGCGCGCGGCGUUGGUCGAUCCUGGGGCUGCAGAAAGGAUCGCUCUGUCAGAGGCAAGACAGCGCAGCAGGCGCAAGCAAGCAAGCAGCGCGACACAUUUAGCAUAGGGCAGGGUGUAUUUAAAGCAGAACAGGGACGGGCAGUUGGCAUGAGGUGGGGUAGAAUCGGCAGUGUGAGUGUGAGCAACAAGUCUGGCUGACUGGCUGUGCUGAAGAUCUAGUUGGGUGGGAGUGAAUGUGGUUCGUCAUGCUAAAACAGCGGGAAGCUAGGUAGGUAGCAUGUUGAAGAAGAUACGCGGAUGGAUAAGAAGAAUAGGGAGGGAGAUAGAUUGUGUGGUAGAGACAAAGAAUUUGAAGAAGAUGAGUCCAAGAGGUAGUAUAGAUGAAAGAGAAAUGUCUCCAACAGCAAGACCAACGUCAUGACAUCAAAGUACAUAAAGUGCUCUGUUGAUGUUGACGAGGUUGAAAGUGGGUUUGUUGACUCUGAAAGAAGCUCAGGUUGCGUGGAGCAAAUGGUGCACGGUUGCCAUGGUGCCAUUAGCGCAUGCCGAGCAGAGGGAGAAGAGGAAGAGCCCACAGGUGCCAAGGAAAACACCCAGCCCCGGGACCAGGACUGGGAGAACGAGGAAGCAUCCAACCUUCCUCCCGCCCGCCGCCAACUCGACAACCGACGACAUCGCAAUCGCCAACCGAGACGACUUACGACGGAAUCAGGUAGGUAAGUAGGUCGCGAAGUGCGAUCACUCGAUCAAGUCCACCGCCGGACUCUUCGACGCCCUUUCCGACUGUCCAAGACGCCCUUUUCCCGCCCGCGCGACCGUCGGGAAAAUACCCCCCCAUCGCGGGAACUCACAGUCGGCCAUGACCUGCCGCAUUUUCGCAUAACGCCUCGAGCCUUCCCGCUGCAUUUUACGAUAACGAUCCACGACUUUCAUAUCUGCUUUCAGUUUCUGUUUUCGCUGCCAACUGUCCGACGUUCUUUCCGACCGCCUUUUCCCUAGAGUUAAUUUAUUUCCACAACCAUCACAUGCGAGAUUCAUCCCUUUUGCGCAUCACAGCCACUACAUCUCGCAGUAUCGCAUAGCAAAAAUUACGAAAAAACAGCAACCAACAAAUAAUUACAACAAAAAAUGUCGGAGCCACCAUCAUCCCCUCCAAGCGCCGAGGCCAACCCCCAGGAUGCGCUCGCGUGGUACAAAUCGCAAUACGAGCUGCUCGAGCAGGAACUAUCGGAAUUCCAAGCCUCAAGCAAAGAGCUAGAAGCCGAGCUCGAAAAGGACCUGGAUGCUGCCGACAAGCGGGAAAGGGCUCUGCAGAAAAAGGCCGAGAGCCUGAGCUAUGAGGUGGAGGAAUGGAAGCGAAAAUACAAGGAAUCCAAAUCCGAGGCAAAUGCGGCGCAAAGCAUUCUCGAGAAAGAGAUCACCACCCUUCGCGAAACAAACCGGACCUUGCAGCUCAGACUACGGGACAUCGAGGUAGCAAAUGACGACUUUGAGCGACAGGCGCGCAACACCACGUCAUCACUGGAGGAUCUCGAGUCCAAGUACAAUGUCGCCAUCGAACGGGCUGUCUUGCUGGAGGAGGAGAUCAAGAUUGGGGAACAGGAAAGGGAACAGCUUCGGGUAGAGACUCAGCGGUUGAGGGAGGAGUUGUCGGAUCUAAAGAUCGAGGCCGAAAUCUUGCAGCACAAGAUCAAGAAGCAGGAUGCCCGCCAUUUAUCGACACUCUCCACUGACCUCUCGCUCCCCGGCUCCCCGCCAUUUGGCAGCUCACCUCACUCGACCGCAAGCUCACCAAUGAUCACCACCCCACCCGACACCAAGUCGCUAUCCACCGCGGACACCUUGUCCGAACUCCAAGACCCACCAUCACCCUCCAUCUCGGAGAUCUCUCAACUGUCCCGGUCACGACUCAGCGUCACAAAAGGUCCUACGUCCCAAAGGAAAUCCCGAUUGCCUUCUGCCGACAGCAGCAUGGCAUCUAAACCAAGGUCCGUUGGCGGUGCGUCUAGCUCUUCAACCCGGGGCAAUCGUGUGGCGACUGCUUCCGCCGCAUUGCGCACGCCUGCCCAGAGAAACUCGACUACCAGCAAGCCACCAUCAAGCACGAGGGCGCAUAAGAUUCCGCCCUCCAAUUCACUCACCCAUAUCCGGACGCUCACAGCACAGAUGCAGCGUCUGGAAGCUCGUGUGCAGUCUGCCCGGUCCAAGCUCCCUGCAGGUUCGGCCAGCACCCCACCACGGGGCUCACCAAGAACAGUUCCCACGGUACCAUCUUCGGUCACAAUACGCAGUAGGAAGCGCACCGCCGGUUCCACAGCAUCGUCGACGAUCAGCAACGGCGACGACAAACCAACGCCAUCCAAUUUCCGCAGCAGCCUUUCGAGUUCAACGGCGAAUAAGCACGUCCCCCGACUUAGCACGUCGGGCGUCUCCCGAUUGUCCUUUGGUCCGCUGCCCAACCGUAACCCUAACCAUCAAGCCGAUGCAUCCGAUUUCCCACGGCCCAGCAGUCGAGCUAGCGUCUCGAGCUACGCACGGCCGGUUAGCAGACAGGAAUCGCACGGCGGUGGUCCCUCGAGCGCCGCCAUGCCACCUCCCAGGCCGAUGAGCAGGGCCAGUCUCACGGGGUCCAGAACACCACUAGGUAGGCCGAGGAGUAGUCUGGGCAUGCACAGUGGGAGGGAGUCGCAUCAUGGUCACAAUCCAAGUCACAGCGUUAGUUACAGCACGCUGGAACUGGAUGAGGGAGACACUGGGGAGUUCCGGACGCCUAGCAGACGGGGAACCUUUAGCAGGAUGGACGAGGGUGGGUUCAGUGCCAUUCCGGGACCAAGCGGGAUUCCAGCACCGAGGAGGCAGAGCGGAGGGUCGGGAGGCAUCGGGCUGCGGAGGACUAGUAGUGCCAGUGCUGCCGGGCCUGUAGCAAGUCUGCUAGCGGGAGGAAUGCAGGGGAGGGUGCUGGAGGAUUUGGGGGAAACCUACUAAGCCAGGUCCAUCAGGCAAAGAAGAUAGCUAUGAUGGAAGGGGGCAUGAUUAAGGAGCCUAUAAUUUACAAUUGUGUUGAAGCGGAGAGGCGGCGUGAUAGCUGGCUGGCUGAAUGGGUUGGUUGGGAGGCAUGGAUGAUACCUUUAUUUUGACUUUGGCGCCUUACUACACAAACAGGAACGGAAAGGAAAGGAAGGGAGGGG